AUGGGGAAGGGAAGGCAGGAACCGCGCGGGAGGUUUGGCAGCCUCGUCGCAGCCUCUGCCGCCAGCAAACAGCCCGGCACCCUCGGCGGAUCUGCGGGGCCCCUCCAGGCACCGUCUGCUGCCAGGGCUUCACCGUGGACCCCAGCAGCAGCAGCCCGGCGUGUUUUGCUGGGCAGGGGCUGGAUCCAGCCCCCGUGGCAGGCAGCCGUCUCGGGGUGGAGCAGAGGCACGCCCGGAGCAGCACGUAGGGAUGCUGCAGCCGCGGUUCGGAGAAGAUGACGCGUGGGAGGAACUUUGCCGGUUGCAAUUUUGGGCACCUGCAGCGGGGGUGGACGGGGCUGUCCCCAAGCGUCAGGGUCCCCUCCUGCUCCCAAGCCAGGCGGGUUGGUGACACACCGAGACCUCUGCCCACCGCUGAUCCCACCCAGCAGAACCGGGGCCGGCGAGCGCGCGAGCGGCUGACCAUGUUCAACGGGGAUGCCAGCUCCUCGGCGGCCAGGAAUGUCGUCCGCAGCUCCAGCAUCAGCGGCGAGAUGUACAACAUCGAGAAGAGCGCGCGGGGCAGCGCCGACUCCGUCGCCGUCACCGCCAGCAAGAAGAGGCGCUCCAGCCUGGGUGCCAAGAUGGUGGCCAUCGUGGGGCUGUCCCAGUGGAGCAAGAGCACGCUGCAGCUCAACCAGACCGAGGGUGGUCCCAAAAAGCUGCGCAGCAACAUCCGGAGGAGCACGGAGACCGGCAUCGCGGUGGAGAUGAGGACCAGGGUCACCCGGCAAGGCAGCCGGGAGUCCACCGACGGCAGCACCAACAGCAACAGCUCCGACGGCAUGUUCAUCUUCCCCACGACCCGGCUGGGCGCCGAGAGCCAGUUCAGCGAUUUUCUCGACGGGCUGGGGCCAGGCCAGCUGGUGGGGCGGCAGACGCUGGCCACCCCGCCGAUGGGCGAUGUCCACGUUGGCAUGGCUGACCGGAACGGGCAGCUGGAGGUGGAGGUGAUCCAGGCGAGGGGACUUAUCCCGAAGAUGGGCUCCAAGUCCAUCCCUGCCACCUACGUGAAAGUUUACCUGUUGGAGAACGGCGUCUGCCUCGCCAAGAAGAAGACCAAGGUGGUGAAGAAAACCUGUGACCCGUCGUACCAGCAGCCUCUGCUCUUCGAGGAGAGCCCCCAGGGCAAAGUCCUGCAGGUGAUCGUCUGGGGAGAUUACGGGCGCAUGGACCACAAGUGCUUCAUGGGGAUGGCCCAGAUCAUCUUGGAGGAGCUCGACCUCUCCAGCGCGGUCACGGGCUGGUACAAACUCUUCCCCACCUCCUCGCUGGCCGACUCCAGCAUCGGACCUCUGACGCGCCGCCUCUCCCAGUCCUCCCUGGAGAGUUCCACCAGCCCCUCCUGCCCGUAGGCGGCAGGUUGGUGGGAGAGGCCGGGAGGGGAAAGGAGACGUCCAGACCUACCAAAACUGUUAGUGGAUAGCUGUAAAUAUCCUGUCCUAUUUUUUUUUUUUUUUUUUUUUUUUUUUUUAAAUCUCCUUCCUGAAAUAAACCUGCUCUCGACACGCUCCUCCCCAAGCACGCAUCCCGGUGCGCAGAGGGGGACGUUGGAGAGGGAGCGAGGGCUGUGUGAUUUGAGGCAGGGGGAAGGAGAAGCGAAAAAAAAAAAACCUCCCCCCCGCCGUGAGGCAGACCGAGGGCUGCGACUGCCGACCGAUCCCGAGACUGUUACCGCACCUCGUCCCGGCACCCCGUCGGAAAGAAAUCGAAGCGACGUGUUUCUCUCCUGACCACCCAGCGAGAGCAUCUCGGUCUGAUUCAUUCAGCGCCACUGCAAGCAGCAUGUUGACGAGGUUUUUUUUUCCUUCGAUUUCAUUUCCUUGCCUCUGAGGAAAAGGUAGCUUUUCAAAGAAAAAAAAAAACUCAGAAAAAAAAUCCAACUCAGCACUAUUUUUUUUUUUUUUCCAAGGAAUGUAGCAUCUUCUAUUAUGUAGCUUGCCACGUGCUAACAACACACUCACUCUCUGCAAUAUCUAAGAGACUCCGGAUUGACCGGAAACAUCUGCCAGUCACUUCCCAUUUGUUCGUUUUCUGACACAAAUCCUGCGACACUGAGCAAGCACUUCUGGUGGCCAUUUUUCUUUUUUUUUUAAAUUCUUUUUUUUUUUGGUAGCAUGUAGCCUGUGACCAGUGACAUUGCCAAAGCAAGAAAGAACAGAAAAAGGUGCACUCACCUCACCGAAGCAUACGCUGGUCUUGUCCUCGUGUUUCACCACUGACUGUGGUCUUGUAUGGCCAAAGCAAGACCCAAAAUAUAAACUCUGUGAUGCCUCACGUGAAAAUUUGAGUCAGGAGAAGGUGACUUGACGGAGCAGGAGUACCGUGAUGUUGGUCGAUCGUCUGCCUCCCAGCCCCUUCCUCGCGCGAGGGCCAGCUCGAGGUCUGGGAUGCUCUCCUCGGGUCUGGGAUGCUCUCCUGGAUACUUGAAUUUCAAGUAGGAGCAGAGGGUUUGCCAGACCCCGCGGCAGGACGCACCUUUCUCUAACUCUCGACUUGUUGGUACGCUACAGGGGAACAUCUCAACAGCAUCUUCUGCUGAUCUGGAAUUAGGGUGACUGAGAGGUUACGAACAAAGGACUAGAUGCUUUGAAUUUAUUAUCAGGAUGAGUGUUUUGGGUUUUUUGUUUGUAUGUUUUGUUUGUUUGUUUUUAAAGCAGCAUUUUGGUUCCCCCCAAGGGACCAGUUCUUGUAGCAAAACCGAGAAUUACGGAAGCUUUUUUUGAAGGUGCCUAAUGAAAUUUGCUGAAAAUACUCAGGGGAGACACCACUAGAAACUCCGGUUUCUUCAUAAAAUAUACUUAACACAAUGACUGUCCUGAAGGAUCAGUUUCCAAAAGAGAGAAAAAAAACCAACACGCCAAAAGAUGAGCAGUCUUGAGACUGGAAGAGGACAAAAGGUUAAUGGGGAAUUUUUGCCGACCAGAUGGCUCUGACCUUCAGUCUUUAACACAAAUCAACCCACAGCACAGUUGGGAUUUUUUACAAUUAUUUAUUGGCAAAGCAGAGAAUUUCACAAUGCACAGAGCACAACAAAACCAACCUGUGGUUCUCCUGGUGACGCCAGAAACGAUGAACCAGCUCGAACCUGUUGCCACAACGGAACAAAACCAAACCUGAAGGAAAAGACUGUUGCGAUGAAGCUGUCUCCUCCACAAACCCAAAACCGGGGGUCAGCAAUACUCCACUGCUCAGCGCCUGGUUUACCCGACACCACCAUGAUUUUAGCAACAUCGUGUCAAGGAAUUUCAGCUGCUGUCAUGGACUUGGGAUCUGUACCAAAUCAAAAUCACUACAGACCUCCAAGAAGAGAAUAGGCUGGAUGCUGCUGAACAGGGGUGGAGAGGGGUCUGCUUCAGGACCCCAAUGCCCACCUAGGAAAGGAUUAAAUCCUCAUCUGCUAGAGCGGUAAGUGCUUGUUCAAGCAAUACGCAGUGAUUUCUGAGCUCGUGCUGAAUGGUGAUGCACAGGGCCGUGGGAUGCACUAACAGUUUCAAGCGGAUUGAGGAAGCAAACUCGGUGCCCUGACUACUGAAACAGGAAUAAACAAUGGUUUGAACAUGAUGUUCCUUCCAGAGCAGUUAUAUGAGGUCAACGACGCCUGGAUGAGGCUAAACUUUCUCUGCCCUGGUGUGCUGGAUUUUUGAAUAUACGUGAGGGAAGGCAUCUUAAGAGGAAAAGCUUUCUGCUCCUUCAAGCUAACAUUAUUUGCUUUUGCUUUACCAACUCUAUUUUAAUGGAAAAAUGAAAAAUCUGCCUGUGGUGGGACAAUAACCAUGUCCAGGGGGAAAUGGAAUAGCAGUGUGGGCAGAGCAGGGAGCUCUGCAGGUAUUUUCUGCUUACUGGUGUGGAGACAGCAUCCCACCCCCUUACCCCUUCCAGCGCAGAGCUCGCUGGCUGUAAAUUUCUCCAGCGAGUUGCAGAGCUUUACUGCUCCCCCUCUCCGCAAGCAACAUAAUGCUUUUCUUGAGACAGAGAACAGAAGCGGAUGAAAAGCAGCAGGAACACCGGGACAGCCGGACACACACCCACAGCAGCAGAUGCCUGAGGUCUAGCAAAAGGCUCACUGGUUCUGCACCAGUUGAAAAACCUGCCCUUGCUGGCACGUGGAAAAAUCCAGAGAAAAGAACUAUCAUCUGGAAGGCGCACCUGGGUACUCCAGGGAACAGGGAAAACCCAAAUACUUUGGCUUAUUUUUUAUCAUCGAUAGACUGAGGAUGCGUUGGAGGGUAACAGCACAGCUAACAUCAGAACAAACUGCACCCCAGUUCUUCUUCAGUGGUGUAUUCUCGUUUGCUGCAACGCGAUGGGUUUGUGGGAACGAUUCCUCCUGCUCAUUGAGAGACCGGCAAGGUGGAGCCACCGUGCCAGUGACUUCAAAUGAUUGUCACUUACUCACUAAACUGAAAUCCAUCAAGACCUUAGCUUCUUCACUUUCAGCACUACGUGUCCAGUCCCCACAGGGAACUGGUACUCACUUCUCUGGGGAAGCAUCUGGGUCAGGACCCACCUUACACUUGUGUGGAAAAACUAAAAUGGGAGAAGAGACCAAAGUGUGCCACGUUUACAUUGCAACAUCAGCUCCUUCUUAGUUCUGAAUGCGUGAGACCAUGUGUCAGACGUUUUCCCUCCUCGAACAACACGAACAAAAAAGCCAAGACACCCAGUUGCUUUCUACACGCGACAUACCAGAAAAACCACAAGCUUCUGGACUCCAGGUUUUUUUCUGGGGGAAUGUUUCAUUGCAAAGGGCAUUUUUUUUUUUAAUGUACUAUAUGAUUUGCAAAAGGUGGCCGCACUGACUAGGUACUACGCGUUAGGUUAUUUCCUCUCUUCCCUCCACCUUCCAUUGUGAAAGGAAAUUCAAACCAUUUGACUUUUCAGGUAUUUUCCCCUAGAAAGAAUAAUUAAUAUUAAACUGAAUCAGCUUUGCAGCCCAUUUUAUACCCAGCACCCCCAGCAGUAAGUGAGGAGCAAGUAGCAUGCAGCAACCACCUGAGACACAGAAGACCUUACUAUAGCACAGCCGACAGUAGAUGCUGGUGUCAGAAUCAAGGCACCCUACUUGAGUAACAAGGAUGGAUUUUGCCAAAAUAGCCUUGAAAUGAUACUUAAACAUCCCCUAAACGCUAGUAAAACAAGACACGGCCAUGCAGCAAAGCACAGAAAACACAACAUGAUUUCAUGCCCAGGCCUAAGUUAUCCCUGGGUGUUCUACAAGCCUGGGAAAGGCUUUAUUUGCCAAAGUUGAGUGAAAAUUUUCUAGGGCACCAGAAGGUGGGCCAGGCUUCUGGGCUCAAUCAGAAAUUAACUCCUGUUUCAUCAACGUGGUAGCAUGUUGAAAGCAUGGGGAGAGGAUGCUUAGACAUAGUUUUCCUGAAAUCAAGUGAGAUAUAGAACAAUUACCUGGCCAGCAAUCAGAAAACUAAACCCAUUAAGUGGCUUUGGAAAAUGCCACAGAGCAACUGAGACGGUGGGAAGUAUUCCCUCCCUCCACAGCCACCUUUUCCAGCUCUUAAAACCGUUUCUCCAGAAACAGUUACAGAUGUAGCUCUUGAUUGCAAAUAGGAGACCAGAAAUUCCCACAGGAGUGGGAUCAGGAUUCCCUUCGCUGAUAGGGAGUUGCUUCUGUUCACCGUCUUACACGACUGCUUUAGCAGUGAUGAGACUUGAAAAGUCAAGCCUGUAUUUGUACGUGUUUGCGCACAUCAGUGCACGUGAAAGGAAUUAGUACGUUUAAAUACCUUCGCUUGUUUAAGUGGGCUUGCAAAUACUCAGCAGCAGUGAGUACAAUUUAAGGGUCUUUACUGAUAUAAGACCAUUUAUAAAAACAUCACCGGUGAUGUUUUUUCAGGCAUAAAGAGUCCACCUCCUAUUUUCUUCCAGUUGACUCAGACACUUCUUCCCAGAUUGAUGUGAAACGCUUGGACAAUGCACAUCCAUAAACUUCCUAAAGGGUGUGCAUUUGGUUACUGAUUUGGAAAAUAACUGCAUUUUAAAGGUCAAGAAACAGUGUUCAGGCACCGUUCUUCUUGAUGGCUGAAUUCAAAGUCUGAAUAUGCUUUGCAUCACAGAUGGAAAAAGAUAUUAAGAGCUCUCUGCUUUCCUUUGGGUUUUCAUGCCUCCAGACAGAUCUGUAAAAUUACCUUCAGUAAAAGCAAGGUUUGCAUCCUGUGAUGUGCCAAAGGCAUGACAGCCCGCUCCAAUGUUUCUCUAGCAAAGCUGUUUCAACUGGAAUUCUUCCUUCUACUUCAUGUUCACAAGCAUAGAAAACACCCCAACCCUUGGCUGGUUGUUAGAGGUGCAAGCAUUAUGUUUAUGAGCUAAAAAGAAGGUUGAAAGGCUGCAGAAAAACUUCCUAUGGAAAAAGAAGUGUCUGCAAUAAGCAUGGUUGGCAUUGGUGGGGUAAAGAUGUGCUACGUGUAACACAGCUGAAGUCAUACAAAACAGACUCAGUGACCAGAUGUGACAAUAAUGCUCACCCAAACUGAGCUGGUCCGUAUUUGGGGAAGAUUUAGGUUUUAAAAGUAGACUUGGAAAAAUGUACAGUAAAGGGCCUAAGUGUUUGUCUUGCUGUCUGAAUAACCGCCACACUGUUUAACCCUGAUCAUCUGCCUCCGGCGCAGACACCAGAACGGAGCACAGUAGCAUCUAGGAAUCCAGGAGAAAGCAGCUUGAUUUAGUAGCUGCCACCAAGACCCAAGAGCUGGUGUGACCACUGUGCCUGUCUGGAGCUCUGAAUAUUGGUAUACCUCAUUUCCCCCCCACCCCUCUUUUUCUCUUUUUUUUUUUUUUUAAGAACCAGAGGUUAGUGCACUCUACCACAUUCAGGUUAUUUUUUGUUGUAACUGUGCAAUGAAGAGCAAUUAUACGGGGUGUGCAUUUACCACCUGCUCCCAUGCUGGCUCCUGCGAGCCCAACCUCCGCUUCGUUUAGCACUUGCACUAUUGAUUGCUGAGCUAAAGGGCAAGGGAAGCAAGAAGCCAGAGUGCUUCUCUGGAAGGAGGGAUGAUUCGGCUGGACAGUAGGUAUCCCCUUUCAUCUCUCCUGUUAAAAAUCAUGUAGAUAAAUGGGGCUCCAAAGGCUGCCCCCCUUAGCCCGACACAGGCGGGUGUUUGCAGUCCUGCUCCCCCAACAGUCCUCCCCUCCCGCAAAGGGCUGGGAAGGAGGUGAGCAUCUCUGAUGCGACGAGCUGAGGACAGUGCUGCUGCUCUUGGAGGGGCACUAAACCCUCACUAAAGCAUUUGCCUGUAGUGCAGAUGGAGAGGGAGCCUCAGAAGUAGGCAGAAAGGGCAUCCCUCAGGCAGGAGGACGGGUAUUGAACAUUGAUCUGAUUUCCUAACAGGGUCGCCGUCUGUAUAUAUCUGCUAGAUCCCAGCACUCGCUAAAAAAAGGGAACUUUGUCCUAAACACUUGCAGUGAGAACCGUGAAGCAAUGCUUGAUGUCAGAGAGCCUCGGGACGGAGCAGCACUCCCCUCCUUGUACCCAACUAGCCAGGGACCCUGGCAGCGGAUGCCUCUUGAAUGUUAGCACUUUGAAGUUGGUGGCCUUGUUUUCUUAAAAGGGCUUGAUCUUUUCAUGCAGUUAAAACUAAAUAAUCUUCCCCAUCAUGUUGUCCUACUCCCCACCUCAAAAUUAAGCUAUGAACAAGCACCCGGACCAUUUAAGAUAUUAUCCAGGCCUCAAGAAUCUGUCAUUAAUCUCAGAAGUUUAUACCUCAAAUGUAAAAACAUACACAUCUGUCUUAGCAACAACACUUGGUAAAGUAGCAGCUCCAAGUCUGAAUAGAAGUUUGUCCUUGAAUUUGAUUACUAACAGCACCAGGAAGAAAAAAACAAAACCAAGCACACAGAGAAAAGCACCAAUGAGUUUUUUAGAAGCACCCAAACUGAAGCAUUCAUCCUAUCAAAAAAUUCAGAAUUUAUAUUCCCAAACAAGACACAUGAGGGAUUUUACCUAUACGUUACAAAUCUUUAAACACAGCCUAUGCCUUUUAAUUGCAUUAGACCCCUAAAAAGUAUGAGGGGGCAUAAAAGGGUCCAAGAUCAUUAAAGGUAGGAGGCAAUGAGAGAUGCGCCCAGAACAACUCAAGCCAGCCAGUCUUUUCUAACCAUAGCCCUUCUUCUCCAGGUAGCUGCUUCAGAAGGCUAAAACGAGUAUCUUGACAGGGGUGCAUCAUACGAAAGCGAUACAACCAAGCAAGGACACAGAAAUCUAUGCUACUUCACAUUUUCCAUCCUAAAGUCCCCAACAAGUUGCAUUGAAAAGAAUUACCUAAACCAAGAGACUCCCAUUAGAUUGGGAAGUUGUCAGAACUCCAUUAGCCACGAGUUAAUUGCUACUAUGAGCUUAGCCUUCAGUCUCUAAUGAAAAAGGUAGCAGACAUCUCACCACGAGUGGCACACGUCAACCUUAACGUCCUUCUGUGUGCAUCCAUUACCUAAGGGGAAAAGGAGAGUUAGGUGCAGAACUCGUACAGGACUGACACACUCACCCUGGGUAGCUUUGUACUUUUGGAAGCCAGGAUGUGAUCGCAUUAGUGAACCAACUUGGCUGCCUUCACUAGCCCACUCGUAUUUUGUGAUAAACUUUGCUUUGAUGACAGAUUCAUAAGUUUAACAACUCCACCUUAAAACAAAUGCCGCAGAGGGGGGAACUAGGGGGUCCUUUAAGCCCUGGUUCCAUGUUCAAGACAAGGGGAUGGGCUUGUGAUGGAUGCUUGAGAAUGGUAAUAGAUUUAAAAAAGCAAAUGGCAAUUUUAUACCUGUGUUAUGUAAUGUUUUAUAUGUGUGUGGUAUUUCUUAAUGUAAAACUCUUGUAUUUUUGUGGUUUAUAUGCAGCAGGACUGAUGGCUGUGAGGGUGCACGCUAUUUUGUAAAAUAUUCUUAGCCAGUUUUCCCAAGGAGGAAAAAACUGAAGUAUUCACAUUUUCAUUGGCUUGUACCUGCAUGUACAGUAUUGGGGCAGCAAGUGAAGAUGAUUAAAGCCAGCUUGAAAACUUUUUUCUGCGCUUGAGUUGAGCUUCUCAAAACAUCCAGCCCAAAACGAAAAAAAGCCAACCCUCCCCCACCACCAAACCAGAUAUGCUGGGGAGGAGGGGAAGAGGAAGAAACCCUCUUUUUUCUGAGAAGAGCAGGUUUUGACUUGAGGAAAGAAAUACCAUAAUUAAUAUGCAAGCAGAGUACCAUCAACUCAAGGCUCAUACAAUUAGCUGAGCUCUCUCCCCAGCAGCUGCACAUAGCCACCCACAAGCCUAAGGAAAACUGGCCUUCAUAUCUGUUCUUUAGGCAACUCCUAAAUGCCCCAGCCUGUUACCACUUUUUGUAAAAGCUUGUAAAUUUACCUUUUGGAUAGGCCUUGGUCAGGUUUCAUUGAACAUUAGUGUAAAGCUGCAGUCCUAAUAAUUUAAGUUCUCCCUGCAGCCACAGCUGCAGGAACGCUGCGUUUACCCACACCCCUAAGCUGUGAGUCUCUCUUGUAUAUAAAAGUGUCAACUGACCUGA